CCUUUCGGUGGCUGCCUCUCUGACUCUUACCACCACCUUCACGAUGCCUGUCCUUGCACGCUAGCAGCGUGGGCCCAACAACCUACGCUGCCAACCCCAUAGAAAUCUACUACUGCUUUAAGAAUUUCUCGACCUAGACGAUACCCAUUAGAACGUCAAUUAUGUCCCACAUAAUUUUGCCCACCGCUUUCUUGCCGCCUCUCGCCCGACUGAGGACUUUUUCUGGAGCGCACGUAUCGGCCUCUCUUCGCUUGCUAAGAGACUUUUAUUGGCCUUCGGUUCCUUCGAGGUUGACGGUACCUGUACGCAAAGCCAGUACCCGGAUACAUGAUCAGUCUGUACCGGAUUCGGGAUAUGCUUCGGCUGAGGAAGAUGACGAUGAAGAGGAAGGAGGAGGAGGAGGAGGAGGAGAGGAGAGUGAUUAUCUGACAGAUGAAGACGAGGAUGUCCUACGUGCAGAUCCUUUCGAACGUGAGUUCGCUAUCAAGUGGAUCACAGGCUUUAUCUCGCGCUCCGAUAUCUGGAUCGAGGAUACGCUGGAUGAGGCGGAGGCAGAGACAAGACGGGAUUUGAUUGUUUCUGCCUUUGCAGGCGACGACGAGGAGACCGAAUGCGCUGUUACCAGGACUUUCGAGUUCAGCGGAUCCGUCGAAGUAGAGCUGAAUGACGCCCCAUUGUCCAGCGAGGAUCAUACGUCCGUCGGCCUUCAGAGCUGGGCUAGCUCGAUCUUGCUAGCAGAGAAGAUGUGCGCAUCGCCGGGAGCCUUCGGGUUGGACAUGUCGCGGCCUUUGCGCGUCUUGGAGCUGGGCGCCGGCACGGGCUUGUUGAGCAUCACCAUUGUCGCCACAGACUAUCACCCAGACGUCCUCGCCAAUCUUAGCGCCAACGUACAGACCAAUUUUCCUUGCUCAUCAUCUACAAUCGAUGUCCGACGCUUCGACUGGGAGUCUCCAGAUUUUAACCAUCCUAUGGAUAAGCCCUUCGAUAUCAUUCUGGCCGCCGACGUGAUUUACCAUGCCAAGCAUGCGGAAUGGAUAAAGGGAUGUGUUGAGCAGCUUCUGGCGCUGAACGGGACGUUCUGGCUCAUGAUCCCCCUCCGCUCGACGGGAAGACAUGAGGGUAUGGACCAUACAGUCGAGGCUGUUUUUCCAGAGUCUGAGAUGACUUCUGGGCUGGUUGUUUUGGAGAAGGAAACCAUCGGGAGGCAAGGAGGUGUCGGGAGAGCUGACGAAGGAGGCUAUAAGCUCUUCAAGAUUGGGUGGGCAAUAUAGAGUUAGACACGUAGACUACUAAUGCUUACAGCCAUAAUGUCUGUCUUUUUACUAAUCGCGAGUUAGAUUUUUUUCUGUUUUUGAA